AUGGCGUGGGAUCACCUGGACAUCGACAAGCCGCAUCUGGCGUACAUGAUCCUCGGCGGCUUCACGGGCCUGUUCAUGCUGUGCUCGUUGUUUGUGAAGGAGAAACUUUACAUCGGCGAAGCGACGGUAGCCACCAUCUGCGGCAUCAUCUUUGGCCCCAGUGCGGCCAACCUCUUCAAUCCAAGCGAGUGGGGGAAUGUCGACAAGAUCACGCUCGAAUGCUCGCGCAUUGUCCUGGUGGUGCAGUGUUUCGCCGUCGGCGUCGAGCUGCCCAAAGCCUACAUGGAGCGACACUGGAAGUCCGUCGUGCUGCUGCUUGUCCCCGUCAUGACCUGGGGAUGGCUGAUGACCAGUCUGUUUAUCUGGUGGUUGGUUCCGCCGUUGAACUGGCUCGAGAGCUUGGUCUGCGCCGCCUGUGUCACCGCGACCGAUCCCGUCUUGGCUUCGUCCGUCGUCGGUAAGGGCAAGUUCGCCAAGCGAGUCCCCAAGCACUUGCGUGACGUGCUGUCUGCGGAAUCGGGAUGUAACGACGGCAUGGCCUUCCCGUUUAUCUACCUCGCAUUCUAUAUUCUACGUUACCGACCGGAUGCCGGGAAAGUCUCGCUGAACUGGUUCUGUGUGACGAUCUUGUACGAAUGCAUCUUCGGCGCGGUCUACGGAUUCCUUAUCGGCUACGGGGCACGUCAUGCGAUCAAAUUGGCGGAACGCAGAGGUCUGAUUGACCGUGAGAGUUUCCUGGUGUUCUACUUUGUUCUGGCAGUUUUCUGUGCCGGAUCGGGUAGUUUGCUCGGGAUGGACGAUCUACUGAUCGGAUUCUCCUGCGGUGUCGGCUUCAGUAACGACGGCUGGUUCACGGAGAAAACCGAAGAGUCGCACGUGUCGAACGUCAUUGAUUUACUACUCAAUCUGGCAUAUUUUGUCUACUUUGGGUCCAUCAUACCAUGGAGCGACUACAACUCCCCCGAAAUUGGGUUGGUGCCUUGGAGGCUUGUGGUGAUUGCUAUCUUGGUGAUCUUCUUCCGCCGCAUUCCGAUCAUGCUUCUAUUAAAACCGAUCAUACCUGAUGUCAAAACAUGGCGUGAGGCACUUUUUGCAGGCCAUUUCGGUCCCAUUGGUGUCGGUGCCAUUUUCGCCGCGAUCCUCGCCCGAGCCGAAUUGGAAAAUGACAGUACCAACCCCCUGCCUCAAAGUGAACUGCCGAAAGCAGGGACCAAAAACUACUAUAUCAUACAAUUGAUUUGGCCCAUCACCACUUUCAUGGUCAUAUCCUCCAUCCUGGUGCACGGGUCAUCCAUCGCUGUGUUCACUCUGGGCAAACGCAUCAACACCUUGACCAUCACGCUCUCCUACACUCAAGCCAACGAGGAGGGUCCUUCUUGGAUGAACCGGCUGCCCAGGGUACAGUCGCUGGCGAAGGGGUCCAUGUCAUUCCGAAAAGCCGACGAGUCGUCCGAGGAGAAGCUGCCAGAGUAUGCUCCUGGGACAUUGCCUCCCAUCGGUAUGCCUGGCAAUUUCCUUCGACGCGUGCGUGACGAUGAUAGUGAGAGUCAAAGUACCCAAUCGCCCAACCGGACAUCUUUGAAAAGGAGACGCCGUAGUAAGCGUCAUGCAGAUGCCGGUGGCCCGAUCAGUCAGUCGGCAAUCGCACCAGUAACGCGCGUUGAGACCGAAUCCGAUGAAGAGAAGAAUGAGCUGGAAGAUCGCGACCAAGUUGAGCGCGGAACCUCUCCACCGACUGCUGAGCGAGACCGGUACGGUCGCGAGCCUGGGAUCGAGGCUUACCAAGAGGGCCAUCACAUGAUCAUCGAGGAUGAAGAAGGCAACGUGCUCAAGACCGAAGAUACCAGUAACCUGGGUCCCAAGGAACAACAGCAACAUAUUGAGGCGCAGCGCACGCGGCUGAUGAAGGACAAUUCUGGGGAGUUUGCCCCCUCUCGAAGUCAACCUCACGAGAAGAACGAAGGAGAAGAAAUCCAGCAUGUUGUCAACGAGACGGCCGGUCAACCAUAUCAGAAACUCAAGAAGUGGACCAACUGGACCAACCUUGGAAAGGGCCGUGCCAAAGAGAAAGAGGAGGGGCCAGACCAGAAGAAGCCAGAGCCCGCACCGAAGCAAAAAGCUCGGUCUGCCCAUGCAUACCAGUUUGGUAACACUAUCAUCGUUGAGGAUGAAGAUGGUGAAGUUCUGAAGAAAUACACUAUCCCGGGCGGCGAUCGCGAUAAAACCAAGCCCAAACCAAAAUCAAAACCCGAGCCCGAAGCUGGACCCUCUUCACAGGCCCAAAUCCGGCGCGGUCUGACCCGUAUGGGCACGUGGUUGGGCUGGGAGGAGGAAGGGGAAGCCUCGCAGGCCUGGCCGGGCCAGAAGAAGCCCACACCGAGGACCGACACGGAAGAUUGGGCCAUGGACGACGGACUACGGUUUACGGUAGCACAGAAUCAGGAUAUUAGCGCCCAUGGCGUUGGCAUCGGCAAUGCAGGUCGUCGCAUGAACAAACAGGAAUUCUUCGAGCAGCUGAGAGGUAUGGAUGCCAGGGCCCGUCGGGAUCUGGUCCAUCAAACAGACGUGCCGGCCUCCGUCAAACAAGUCGCUCAACACGACGCCAACAAGGAAGAGAAUCAGGAGCGCCGUCUUUCCAUGGCAGCGGCGGCUGCUAGUUCAGCCGCCUCUGGCGCCAUUUCGGAGGCAGAGGACGAAAAUCUCUCGACCGAGUCCGUCACAGAUAGCGAAGCGAGCGACGAAGAUGAAAACCGCGGCAAUGCUCCCCGCCCCAGCGUGGCGGACUCGCUCGCCAGGUUCACCCGCGGCACCUCUGCCCAAGAAAGGCGCAGCAACCUCAGUCCCGCGCCGCCAGCCCGAGCGCGUAUGCGUCGUGAUUCAGAAGACGACGGUACUGAGCGCAUCCCACCUUCUCGUCUUCGCCAAGCAGCCGGCCUCAGAGCUCCACCACGCCAGUCCGACGAUGACACAGGCGAGACCCCCGCCGAGCGCCGUCGCCGUCUAGCCGCCCUGGGUGAAACAGGCAACGAUUCCGGUUCUGAUUCAGAUGCCGCUAUUGAAGACUCCGAUAGCGAAGAUAAUGGCGAGCCUCGUCAGGUGCCCAACAACAAGGUGCAGUUCGCGGACGACAUCCAGCCCAGAAGUCGUUUCAGCCCGGGCGCGGACCAAUCCUCGGCGUCUGGGUCCGGGUCUGGCUCUCAGUCUACUAGCCGCCAUCGCCCGCGUAUUUCAUGGGGUGGUGAGAUGGGUCGUGAUUCGUGA